AUGCCAGGGAAUUUUCCAGAGCUUUCAACAGCCAUGCGUAGGCAUAAAAGCACCACAGAUAUCCCUUUUCGUGGUAACAUUUGCUUGCUUCCACCACCCACCCUCGGUCUCACAGAAACAGAGCAAGCCCUCUUGCGUCGCUCGUCACUGAGAGAGACCAACACUGUGUCACGCUACCCUCGCCAUGCUCUCAGCGUGCCUAACAUGGGCAGCACAACUCCCCUUCGUGUCACUAACAGUCCCCUCCGCAGCACCCAGCUCUCACCUGUACACAGCAACAUAUCCAGCCCUAGAGAGGUGGAGAGGCUGGCUAAAGCCCGGAGUAAACUCCUGGAGAGUGAGUGUAACCAAACCCCCACCCUUCCUCCAGAAACCAGAGAGCAAAUUCGCUACGUCUCCAAGGAUGGAAAGUGUCGCGUCAACCUGGGCUACAUAUCUGAGAGGGGUCGCUUUCUGUCUGACAUCUUUACCUCUUUUGUGGACCUUCAGUACCGCUGGUUUCUAUUUGUAUUCAUGAUGUGCUACAUCACCACCUGGUUCUUGUUUGCUGGGCUCUACUUCUUGAAUGCUUUCUUCCGAGGUGACCUAGGGCAAGAGCGACCCCUGAGCACCCAUGUAGAACACCUUGUAGACCAAAGGCCCUGCUAUUUAGGUGUAGAUGGCUUCAUCUCAGCUCUACUCUUCUCCGUGGAAACGCAGCGCACCAUUGGUUAUGGGUCACGCACUGUUUCUCCCUCCUGCCACGAAGGCAUUCUGCUAGUUAUGAUACAGUGCAUUGUUGGGUCCAUGAUAGAUGCACUCAUGGUGGGUUGCAUGUUUGUUAAAAUAUCCAGACCUAAGAAGCGGGCUGAGACACUACUUUUCAGUCGCACCUGCGUUAUUGCCAACCGUGAUGACCAGCUAUGUUUGAUGUUCCGCUUGGGGGACCUGAGAGAAAGCCACAUGGUGGAUGCCAAGAUCCGUGCAAAGUUAAUCAAGUCGCGCCAAACAGCCGAGGGCGAGUUCUUGCCACUGGAGCAGACGGAGAUUGACCUCGGCUACGAAACUGGGUCAGACCGACUCUUCCUGGUGGAGCCUCAAGUCAUUCAGCACAAUAUUGACUCUAACAGCCCCUUUUGGGAGCUGGGCCCUCAGCAGCUUAGACGACAACAGUUUGAGAUAAUCGUUAUCUUGGAGGGCAUUGUGGAGGCCACAGGCAUGAUGUGCCAAGCCAAAACAUCCUACAUAGAGACGGAGAUAGAGUGGGGCGCUCGCUUUGAGCCCUGCAUGACUUUGGAGAAGGGCUCGUUCAGAGUCGACCUGCGGCGGUUCCACAGCACCUACAAGGUCCCGCUGCCGGACUGCAGCGCCAGCCAGGUCCACCAGUUAAUGCUACUGGCAGAGGACUCCAAAGCCAGCAAUUGGGGGACCUGGGCAGAGGGGACGGCAGAGGAAGACAAAGACAAGCAGCCGAAUGGUCCAAUAAAUGUGACAAAGGGUUCAAGGCAUCAACCUAACUUGCAAAUUCCCAAGAUCCUGAUCUGA